AUGGCAUCGCUGGCUACACAUUUCACGGCGUCCCUCUUCCUGUGCCCCGUCGGAAUCCGCCGCCUCCUCUGCUCCGUCUCCCUCUUUCUGAAAAGCCCAGUCCUCUACAGAUCAAGAAUUUGGUACUUCUCAGAACCCAAGUGGAAAAACUUUGAUCUUUACGCGCUCCUCGUAUCCCUCCCGAUCGCGUCAUUUUCCAACAUUUUGAUUUUCCUCGCAUUUUCAGAGAACCCCACCUUCAGAUUCUCCUUCCUACAGCAGUCUUUAGUUGUUUUCUCAUUCUGGGCAGUCUUGAUUUUCAUCAUUCUUAGGGAAAGUUUUGGUCUUUUCUCGAUUCCUGAGAAUUUCGUGUUCAUAUUUGCCGGCAUUGCCUUCGUGAUUGAGUCUUACUUGUGUGACAGAGGUGUCGUCGGCCUCGGCGGUUGGGUUUACGGGAUUUUGGAUGGUUUGGCCGUUUUCUGUUCAGCCUGUUGCUUUUAUUUAUCCGUUAGGCCGUCGGCUUUCUUUGCCGAGUUUUUAUUAUCAUCCGGCAUUGUCUUGAAGGGAACUUGGGUUCUGCAAGUUGGUUUGUCUCUGUACACUGAUGCAUUUGGCUUCAAAGGGUGCCAUAAAAUUUCAGGGGAGAAUCUUGGAAAAGGGGAGAUUGAUGUGAAGUGUGAGCUUGAGGAUGAUAUGUGGAGGGGCAUGGCUUUGAUGAGUUUGAUGUUUGUUUGUCAUGUUAUAGUAGUUAUGAUCAUAGGAUUCAUGUUGGUUGGGUUGUUGACUCGUUUUACGAGCAUGAGGUGUGGUGGGAGUGGCGGGCACUUGUUGUCCGAGUUGGGAAAUGAGAGCAUGCUCAUGCAUUCGCUUCCCGAGCUUGAGUUGGAUUGA